AGUACCUGGAGAGGUGCUAGAGAGGUGUGUGCGUUGUGGAUUUUACGAUCGGUUUGGAGUGUUUUGGUGGCCGGAAUGGAGAUUCGUGCCCACCUGGUGGUUGCGACACUACUGAUAGUAGGGUUAAACGGUACGCGUGGAGGUCGUAUCAUUCCGUACAAAGCCGUCAUCGAGUACAAGGGAACGGCGUUUUGCGUUGGUUCUGUCAUCGACGCCGUGUGGAUUUUGACCGCGGCCCAGUGCGUCAUGAACACCACCGUAUCGUAUCUAACGAUUCGACUAGGCUCGUCGAACGCGUGGGACAGUGGAGCGCUAUUCAGCGUAAAAGCGUUUCACGUCCACCCCAAGUACGACCCGGAAACAUCCCAGCGGGAUAUCGCCUUGCUGCGGUUAAGUUCGGCGGCAAAGCUCGGACCGCCGCACUCCGUCAACGUCAUCCCCCUGGUCAAGCCCGGGUACGGCAUGGAGGAAGGCACCAGAUGUUCCAUCCCGUCAUUGCCGGGAUCAUCAUCAUCGGGUGCGUCCGACGUGAAGGCCAAGCUGUGGUCCCGCGAACGAUGCCAGGCGGCCGUGCCCAAAUCGAUCCAGCUGACCGACGAUGCGUUGUGUGCAAAAAUCACGCCCACCAACGGCACCAACCACCACCAGCAAUCUACGGUGGCCGGUGGGCAAUUGGUGGUCGGUGGUCACAAGAAGCGGUGCAAUGAUCAUCACCAACAACAACAACAACUGCAACUGCAACUUCACCUACAAGCGCCGCUGCUCCCAUCACGGUUCAUGCCGGGCAGCCCGCUAGUAUGCGAAGGCAAACAGGUUGCAGUCGUACGACAACGGGCCAGCUCAACAACCAAGCCAGGUCAUUGCAACGACGGCUUCGACGUCGACCACGUUGAACGAGAUUUGCCGGAUUUUUUCACCGAUGUUGCAUUCGCGGACCAGUGGAUCAGCUCACACGUGCGGAGGAAGAGAAAGUCGGGUGGUGGGGGAAAGCCGGUGGCCAAAAUCCGGCGGAAGAUGCACAGCCGGAACGGGGGUGUUACGAGACGGUGGUUUCAUGGAGGUGCGAUCUUGGUGGUUGUAGUUUUUGGUUGUUUGAGGAAUUUGUGAGGGGAAAAAAUUCGCGGG